AGCGCGGCGGCCGCGGCUCCUCUCGGCUGCGCUCGUUGCCCAUUGACAGCGGCGUCUGCAGCUCGCUUCAAGAUGGCCGCUUGGCUCACAUUCAUUUUCUGCUGAACGACUUUUAACUUUCAUUGUCUUUUCCGCCCGCUUCGAUCGCCUCUCGCCGGCUGCUUUUUCCGGGAUCUUUUGUAUCAAGCAGAAAUGCAUCGAACAACCAGAAUCAAGAUCACUGAGCUAAAUCCCCACUUAAUGUGUGUGCUCUGUGGAGGGUACUUCAUUGAUGCCACAACCAUAAUAGAAUGUCUACAUUCCUUCUGUAAAACGUGUAUUGUGCGUUACCUGGAGACCAGCAAGUAUUGUCCUAUCUGUGAUGUACAAGUUCACAAAACUAGACCACUACUGAAUAUAAGGUCAGAUAAAACUCUUCAAGAUAUUGUAUAUAAAUUAGUUCCAGGGCUUUUCAAAAAUGAAAUGAAGAGAAGAAGGGAUUUUUAUGCAGCUCAUCCUUCAGCUGAUGCUACCAAUGGCUCUAAUGAAGAUAGAGGAGAAGUUGCAGAUGAAGAUAAGAGAAUUAUAACUGAUGAUGAGAUCAUAAGCUUAUCCAUUGAAUUCUUUGACCAGAACAGAUUGGAUCGGAAAGUAAACAAAGACAAGGAGAAAUCUAAGGAGGAGGUGAAUGAUAAAAGAUAUUUACGAUGCCCGGCAGCAAUGACUGUGAUGCACCUAAGAAAGUUUCUCAGAAGUAAAAUGGACAUACCUAAUACUUUCCAGAUUGAUGUCAUGUAUGAAGAGGAGCCUUUAAAGGAUUACUAUACACUAAUGGAUAUUGCCUACAUUUAUACCUGGAGAAGGAAUGGCCCACUUCCUUUGAAAUACAGAGUUCGACCUACUUGUAAAAGAAUGAAAAUCAGUCACCAGAGAGAUGGACUGACAAAUGCUGGAGAACUGGAAAGUGACUCUGGGAGUGACAAGGCCAACAGCCCAGCAGGAGGUAUCCCCUCCACCUCUUCCUGUUUGCCGAGCCCCAGUACUCCAGUUCAGUCUCCUCAUCCUCAGUUUCCUCACAUUUCCAGUACUAUGAAUGGAACCAGCAACAGCCCCAGUGGUAACCACCAAGCUUCCUUUGCCAAUAGACCUCGAAAAUCGUCAGUAAAUGGGUCGUCAGCAACUUCAUCUGGUUGAUACCUGAGACUGUUAAGGAAAGAAAUUUUAAACCCCUGAUUUAUAUAGAUAUCUUCAUGCCGUUACAGCUUUAUAGAUGCUAAUACAUGUGACUGUCGUCCAACUUGCUUUCUUUUGUAGUGACGUUAAAUUUGGAUAUAAAAGAUGGACUAGAUGUAAUAUUCAUGUGGACGUUAAUUGAAAAGAAAGAUUGUUCCUAUUGGUUUCUGAGAAGGCAGGCAAGAUUUUUUUUCUGUGUGUUAGGAAAAGAUGUGAAAUGGUUUCUGUAACCAUUGUUUGGAUUUGAAAAUACUCUGCAGUGGAUAUAAACAUUGGGCCAUAGUUUGUUAAUCUCAACUAAUACCUACAUUAUAUUCUCCUUGAUUGUUCUUGUUAUUAUGCUGUUUUGUGAACCUGUAGAAAACAAGUGCUUUUUAUCUUCAAAUUCAACAAAUGGAAAGAACAUGCAUAGAAUAAUGCAUUCUAUGUAGCCAUGUCACUGUGAAUAACGAUUUCUUGCAUAUUUAGCCAUUUUGAUUCCUGUUUGAUUUUUAAUUCUCUGUUGCUACACAAAACCGAUCAAAGGAAAGUGAACUUCAGUUUUACAAUCUGUAUGCCUAAAAGCGGGUACUACCGUUUAUUUUACUGACUUGUUUAAAUGAUUCGCUUUUGUAAGAAUCAGAUGGCAUUAUGCUUGUUGUACAAUGCCAUAUUGGUAUAUGACAUAACAGGAAACAGUAUUGUAUGAUAUAUUUAUAAAUACUAUAAAGAAAAUAAUUGUGUUUCAUCCAUUCAGAAAUGGUUGUUGAAAUUCUCCCAGCUGGUUCGGCCUUUGCAGAUACUCUGAACCUUAUUAGCAUAGAUAUUUUUAAUAUGGAUAUCUAAUCCUAAAUUCUGUUUUAGUGGAAGCAAUUGGCAAAUCAAAAUGACUUUCUCUAGUAAUAUAUAUUUACUUUGAAAGUUAAUUAUUGCAGUAAAGAAAAACUUUUAACUAAGGAAUUUGGAAAUAGUGUCUUCAUUUCCCAUUCUUACAAUGUUAUUAAUAUGCUUUUAAAAUUAUAUUGACCGCUAUAAUUCUAAAACAAAAUUUUAAAGUCACAAAUUGCUGGAAGAAGGUAUUUUAUGUAAAAUUAUUUUAUAUGUGUUAGAGCAGUAAUUUCAAAUUUGAGUUGCUUUUACAGUUAUGAACAAUGGCAUAUGCCCUCUAUCUCUAAUGUCUGGAAAUAGAAGCAAUUCAUUUUGAGCUUCUAAGAUAUUUUUAAAUAGAGUGAGCAUGUAGAACUUCAAAUAUGAAUAGCCCCAACAAUUUUUCAGUUCGUGUUUUGCUUUGGUCGAACUUGGUGUGUGUUCAUCACCCAUCAGUUAUUUGUGAGGGUGUUUAUUAUAUAUAAAUAUUGUUUCAUGUUUGUAUGGGAAAAUCGUAGCUAAACAUUUCAUUGUCCCCAGUCUGCAAAAGAAGCACAACUUUAUUGCUUUGUCUUGCUUUAGUCAUUAAAUCAUUACUUUGACAUA